AUGCCAAAGUCGAGAUGUAGCGAACAUUCUGCUAAUUCUUCUCGACACCAUACUUUUCCAAGAACAUCUCCACCUAAAAGAACUUUAAUUUCUUGUAAAAUGGAACCUUUUAUGUGUGAAUUGCCUCAGGCAACCUCCUUCCAGCACUCUGAAGAUAUCGAACAUGAUUUGAUGAGUAAAACAAACGGAACGACAAAAUUAAAAGGUGCCUUUACUAGGGAGGUGGCGCAGGCUUGGGAGUGCCGUAUUGGCCCGCCCGACCUGCCGGCGCCCGCCCACCGAGUACAAAGCCUCUUCAACGAUAUAGAAUUAUAUCCAACUAAAUCCCAGGUUUUUGAAAUGCUGGUAUGCGCGCGCCAGUGUGCGAGGCGAAAAUCACUCAUACUUACGUUUGGAGAGUUCUGCGUUUUUGCCGCUGAACUUAGACGUUGUUCAAGACAAACAAGGCAAGCAUCGAACAAGCCGGAAUCGCCUGUUUGGAGCCUAGAGAAAGAAUUUCGAGACAAGGAUGGCAUUUGCAAACAUGUCAACGUGCUAUCAGCUAUAGGAAUAACGGAAUAUUUUAAAAUGCGGAAUUGGCUAGGAGUCGGACGUAGAGUUGGCUGCCGCAACGCCAGUCGGCCGCCGACCGUCCGUCGAGGCAGCGCGCACAGGCGCGAGUGUCAAGGAACAGCCGCAACCAUGCCGCCUACCACAAUGAUAGUGCCCUGCAGCGAGGCGUCCCCACCUCCGUGCGAGGUGUUCCUCGGGGGAUCCUGCAAUCCGACAACAUGGAGAUCGGACAUCGCUAUACCAAUGCUUAAGAAAAUGGGCAUCACAUAUUUCAAUCCUCAAGUAGACGAUUGGUCGACGGAGUUAAUAGAAGUUGAACAUCGCGCGAAGGCUGAAGCUCGAGCUCUUUUAUUCGUGCUGGACAGCGAGACGAGAGCCGUCGCGGCCAGCGUGGAGGCAGCACACCUCGCCGCGGCCCCACGAGACCUGCUGCUAGUACUGAAACCCUAUUCGCGACACCAGAUAAUCGGCCGUGAAACUAUCUCGGACCAAGAAUACGUUGAGCUAUCGCGAGCGCGAGCGACAUUGCAAGAAGCGGUAGAACGCCGAGGACUACCUGCAUUUACAGACAUCCCCGCGGCGUUGCGUUGCGCACGCGCAGUCUUGCGAGGGGCGCGGACGCAUCCUCGUCACUCCCUUGGUAACACGAUACUGCGGCUAAAACGCGCGUACGAUGCAGCGGGCGGCAGAAACGCGCGGUUGUCACGCGCACGAGCCGUCGAAGCUCUCAGAGAGUCGACGAGAGCGCCUCGCGACUUCGUCGAGCGGUGUUUGCCCCCUAACGCAGACUCGAUCGACUUUGAAACCUUUUGUGCUGCCGUCGCUGAAUUAGCCGCUGAUACAGGUUCGCAAUCCCCGCGAACUCCAUCGGGCUCGAGCGUGGCCGCGCGUGUGCGCCGCGCGUUUCGCUCUCUGCGUGACUUGAUCACGUCGCCCGCAUUGCCCCCCGAAUACCAGUCUCGUCACUCAGAAUCUGAGGACACGGAAGCGAGUGCGACGUCGGGUGCGAGCGGGACGGAGAGAGUGUCGAGUCGGGAGGCGCGCGAGAACGGCCUCAGAGUGCACAACCCGCGUCUGAGGGCGUACGGGCAGAAACUCUCCUUGUUUAUCCCUAAGAACGGCGGCAACAGGAGCGCGGAGCCUCAGGCGGAGACGGGAGCGGCGUCGGGCGCGGCGUCGGACGGCAGCGGCGAGGUGUUCACGCCGGGCACGGAGCGCCGCCUGCAGCGCCUGCCCGCCAUGCUGGGCGCGCCCGUGCACGACGUGUACCUGGGCGGGGCUUUCCCUUCAAACAACACACGACCAGAAGAAAUAUUGAGGCGGGAGGGCUUCACAUAUGUAGUACCGCGAGUCAACGAUUACACGCGCAUGUUCUCAGCACCAGCGCGUCGCACUGCGCCUGCGCCGGAGUCCCCUUGCAGAGAUAAGAAGCCAAGGCCGGACUGCAGCGCCUACUCGCCCCACUCUCCCUCCCGAGACAUGCACUCCCGGACGCAGGGUGCGACCUCCCCCCACUCCCCCUCGCAACCGCUGGGGGCAACCUCCUACUCCCCACGGCCGCACAGUGCGCCCGCCCCUACCACUCCCCAAUCUCCGGUAGAUGUGGUACUAAGGGAGCGAGCGCCGGAAGCCGACAGCCACAGCGAUAGGCUCAGCGCGUCCGAUUUUUAUAGCGUCACUGAAGAUAUCACGCCGCAGCCCUUCAAAGGUACAUACGACGAAGAGUUGCUCCUCGGGUCGCGUGUGCUGGUGUUCUCCCUGAGCGCCGAGUCGCCCAGCUUCGCGGCGAUGGUGCUGGCGGCGCACUACAUGGGCCUGCGCCCGCGGCACACCGUGCUCAUAGUGCAGCCCAUGGAUCCCGUCAAGGCGAAGCCGUACAGCGAAGUGGCAGUGAAGGACUAUAACCGCGGACGCCAUUACCUCACGGACCUGGCGCGUCGUGCCAAGGUGCCAGUGUUUGACACAGUGGAUGCCGCCAUGGCCUGCGUCUUACAACGCCUGCGCACUACGCUC